UACAACCAUUAAGAUAGUAGUUAAUGAAGAUUUUUCCGAAGUUAUUAAUGGAGAAAAGCUGUCUUGAAUGAAGAGAAAAUUUUCGGAAAUCUGUGAAUUAUAUAUAUCUAAGAAAACAAGAGUUAAAAAUAGUGUAUAUUUUCGAGAAAAGCUAGAGAGUUGACAAGAGAGAAAUGGUGAACAUGGUUCAAAGAUUGUACGAGACAUGCAAGGAUGUUUUUAGAAAUGGCGAAAGUGGUUAUGUUCCACCUCCGGCCGACAUCCAAAGGUUGACGGCAGUUCUAGAUGGUGUGAACGCUGAGGAUAUGAAUCUCACAAGUAUGAGGCUUUUCAGGAGGAGGAGAAGUAGACAGCAUGACCCUCCUGCUAUCAUCUACAUUCACAUAUAUGAAUGUCGCCAAUUUUCAAUUGGGAUAUUUUGCUUACCAGCUUGUGGUGUAAUUCCACUUCAUGAUCAUCCUGGCAUGACUGUGUUGAGCAAGCUUCUGUUUGGAAGCAUGCACCUUAAAUCUUUUGAUUGGGUGGAAAAUGAUGCAUCCACAAGCAUCAUACACAAUGCCCUCCAUCAAGGGCAGCAGCAGGGUGGGCGUCGAUUAGCAAAGGUUAAAGUGGACGCAGACUUGAGUGCCCCCUGCGAUGUGUCCGUACUAUUUCCGGCCGCCGGCGGCAACAUGCACUGCUUCCGAGCACUCACACCUUGCGCCAUAUUAGAUGUUCUUGGACCCCCUUAUUCCCAAACUCAAGCCCGAAACUGCACUUACUAUCAUGAUUUCCCUUUCACACCAUUUUCAUCAGACGGUGGAGAGUUGAAGGCAGAUGUGGAUGUGAAGGGUUAUGCAUGGCUUGAAGAGAGGGCAAAGCCUGAGAGUUUCAUUGUGGCUCCUGCACCCUAUUCUGGUCCAACAAUUUUAGAGAGAUGAAAUGCUCA